CGCAUGCGCAGAAUCUGACAGGCACGGAGAUGGUGGUGGUGGGCCUCGCAUGAGGGGCGUCCGAGGGACGGGGGAAAUAUUUUCCCUAUUUAAGGCGGGACGCGGUGAGGAGGAGCGCCGCCGCCGUUGCCCCACGGAGAGACAACAAGACAGCUUUGCCACGGCUGCCCACCCAGCAGACCUGGGGACGAGAGCCAGAGGGAUGGUUGUAGUCACGGGACAGAGCAAAGUGAGCGGACGCUUGGGGGAUGUCAUGUCGAGCUCGGAUGCAGAGGAUGAUUCUCAAGAGCCAGCCACUCCCACGGCGACCCAAGCAGGGCACUCCCUGCCUCUCCUUCCUCAGCAGUUCCCCGAAGUGGUUCCCCUGAACGUUGGAGGGACUCAUUUCACUACCAGGUUGUCGACACUGCGGCACCAUGAAGACACCAUGCUGGCGGCCAUGUUUAGUGGCCGGCAUUAUAUCCCAACGGAUGCCGAGGGCAGAUACUUUAUCGACAGAGAUGGAACAUUCUUUGGGGACGUGCUGAACUUUCUGCGCUCUGGCGAUUUGCCUCCGAGGGAACGUGUGAGACCACUUGGAGCGGAUUGUGGAAAUCGCUAAGCUGAGGGCCAUGCAGAGGAAGGCCCGGUUUGCCAAGCUGAAGAUCUUAGCAGGAGCGAGAUGAGCCUGAAGUCUGAGCGCCGAGGCAUCCACGUCGAUCAGUCCGAACUGCUCUGCAAGAAAGGAUGUGGCUACUAUGGCAACCCGGCUUGGCAGGGCUUCUGUUCCAAGUGCUGGAGGGAGGAAUACCAGAAGGCCAGGCAGAAGCAAAUCCAGGAAGACUGGGAGCUCGCUGAGAGGCUCCAGCGUGAGGAGGAGGAGGCCUAUGCCAGCACGCAGCACCCUCAGGGGGCUCAGUCGCUCACCUUCACCAAGUUUGAGGAGAAGAAAACCAACGAGAAGUCGCGCAAGGUGACAACGGUGAAAAAGUUCUUUGGAGCGUCUUCUCGGCCAGGAGCUAAGAAGGAAGUCCCAGACAUCAAGGCUCCCAGCCCUUCCAUAAGCCGACAGGUCAGCAUUGAAACUGACCGGGUCUCCAAAGACUUCAUCGAGUUCCUGAAGACCUAUCAGAAAUCCGGCCAGGAGAUCUUCAAGCAGUGCAAACACUUCCUAGACGCCAUGCAGCACAAGCGGGACCUGAGUAUCGAGGAACAGUCUGAAUAUGCCCAGGACUUCUACCAGAAUGUGGCAGACAAGCUACAGACCCGCUGGAAAGUGUCCCCGGAAAAAGCGGAGAAGGUGAUGGACCAGGUCGAGAAGUAUGUCAUGACCAGGCUGUAUAAGUACGUUUUCUGCCCGGAAACCACGGAGGACGAGAAGAAGGACCUUGCCAUUCAGAGGAGGAUCAGGGCUUUGCACUGGGUUACUCCACAGAUGCUUUGUGUUCCUGUCAACGAAGAAAUCCCUGAAGUCUCCGAUGUGGUUGUGAAAGCCAUCACAGACAUCAUUGAGAUGGACUCCAAGCGUGUCCCGCGGGACAAGCUGUCUUGCAUCACCAGCUGCAGCAAGCACAUCUUCACCGCCAUCAGGACCACUAAGAACGAGCCAGCUUCGGCGGAUGACUUCCUGCCCACCCUCAUCUACAUCGUCCUGAAGGGCAACCCGCCCCGCCUGCAGUCCAACAUUCAGUACAUCACUCGGUUCUGCAAUCCCAGCAGGCUGAUGACCGGUGAGGAUGGAUACUACUUUACAAACCUGUGCUGUGCCGUUGCCUUCAUAGAGAAGCUGGAUGCUCAGUCCCUCAACCUGAGCGAGGAAGACUUCGACCGCUACAUGUCCGGCCAGGCGUCUCCAAAGAAGCAGGAGGCAGAGAACUGGCCGGCCGACGUCUGUGUGGGGGUCCGGCAGAUGUACAGGAACCUUGACCUCCUCUCUCAACUCAGCGAGAGGCAAGAGCAGAUUGUGAGCCAGGCCAGAAAGCUGGAGAGGGACCUCAUUGACUGGACCGACGGGGUUGCAAAGGAGGUCCAAGAGAUUGUUGACAAGUAUCCCUUGGAGAUAAAGCCCCCAAACCCAGCCUUGGCUGCUAUUGACUCUGAAAAUGUGGAGAAUGAUAAGCUGCCUCCUCCUUUGCAGCCUCAGGUUUAUGCUGGGUGAGAACUGCCUUCCGGGGCUCAGAGACAUCCCCCACCCAGCUUUCUUCAGCUCGGAAGGUGGACUAAAGCAGGGGGGCGGGAAUCAGAGGAGUCUAAAACCGGCACAUUUUAAAGGUACUGUCUGCUGGCAAGUGUGUUCCACGGUAUUUAUUUUUGCCAGAGUUAGUUAUGAGGGCUGAGUUUUUGUGUGUGUACUCGAAUGGAAUUUAACUCCCACUUCUUUCUUCGGAAAUCCGAUACAAUUUUUAGGAAACACAGUGGUCCUUCUUUGCCCCCUCCUCUCCUUCCAGGCAAAGAUGUGUGUGUGUGUGUGAUUGUGGCGUUUAAAAAAAAAUCAGUUGAAGUUUCUGGUGUGUUCUUCGUUCUUUUUCUCCUUCAGAAAAAUUAAGGUUUAUCAGCACUUUGCUAGGAAUGCCAAGUUGUAGGUAAAGAAGAUAAAAUGGUACUCCCCCCCCCGCAGUGGGAGGUGGGGGGAAGGAAAUCUGUUGUAAAGUAAAUACUUAAACAAUGUAAAUAUGCCGGAAAAGUUGGGCCGUGUCUCACCCACAUGGCAUCCUGUAAGGAAUGGUCAAUGUCUAAUUUUUUAUUUCACUGUCGGUGGGUCAAGUUCAGCACCUAUUGUUUUUCUUCUCUCCCCAGGAAUUUGGGUGGAGGGGGGAAGGAAGAGCCACAUUGUAGGAAAAAAACUCGCUUUAUCUCACCUAUAUAACUUGGCUAAGGAUAUCUCUUAACAACAUUUGUCCUCCAGUGGCACCGUCCUUCCCCUGAUCUGGUGCCCUUUGGAUGUUUUGGACUACAACUCCCAUUUGCUGGCUGGAGCUGAUGGGAGUUGUAGUCCAAAACAUCCAGAGGGCACCAGUUUGCAGAAGGCUGAAUUCAUACCGAGAGAGAGAGAGAGAGAGAUGAAAAUCACCCUUCAUGUGCUGGUCUUCAGCAGGGGCAUAGUUGGAUCUCUUUGACGCCUGAGGGAAACGGAGCAGAGGACUCGCAUGUUUGUGAGGAUUCUUGGAGGCAACUUCCUCUGUUCUGAAAGCAAGCAAGAUUGACCCCCCAUCACUGAAGUGGGAUUAAAUGUGCUCAGGGGAAAAAAAAUCACCUGUGCAUGCUCCAUUUUUGAAAACAAAACAAUCUUGGAAGUGUUUUCACUCAUUGCCCCACUGCUAAGCAUUCUUUGGAGUCAGUGUUGCAAAGUGACCUCUUGUGUUGGGGAAUCCAGAGCUGAGUGUGGGGAGGAGCAAUCCGGUGAGGAUCACUCUGCCUGGGCCACACCCUGCCUGUUGUUAGUGUGGUUGUGUGGCCCACGCUUAGGACCUCUACCUUAAGAGGCUGAAAGGAGGGUGAACCAAAGGGUGUAAAACUGAGCGUGUGAUGGGCGCAGGAUGGCAUCCCAGCCCAGCACGCCUUUCCCUGCCUCCGCAAAUUAUUUGACAUAAUAUGGGAAAGAGGUUCUGUGCAAGCCUGACCUCCGAAAAUCAUGGGCAGAAACACAGGGAUAUAUAUGUUUGUCAUAGGAAUUAUGUGACUUGUGCAGAUGGGGAGAUUCUGUAGCCUUGCUCAUCCUUGGGUUGAAGCUCACCUCAAUGCCUCUGAUCCCUCCUUCCCCUCCAGUAGCUCACUGGAAGGGUUCCUAAUGCGCUGAAUAACUUUCUUCUCUUUUCCUCCCUCGCCCCUUGAGUCUUUCAUGCACUCAGUCAAAUCCUUCUCCCUUUUGUCAAAGAGCCAACAAGACCAUUCAGGCACAAAUACUGGCCCAUUGCAGAUACUUUUUCUGCGGCCCGCGUGACCUUGGUGUGAAAGUUGGUAUUGGAAGGUCUGUGUGGCGCCCCCUGUGGGUCACAUUAAGCUAUAGCGGAAGCUCCUCCUCCCCCCCCAAGAAAAGAACAAUUCCCCCCUUGCUCAUUCCCUUUGCUAUUAAACUCAUCCUAAAUAUUGGCGACUUCUGUAACUUUUUUAAAAAAUGCCAAAUCUGCAAACGUGGGAAGCUGCUUUAUACUGAAUCUGGCUGUUAGUCCACUUAGUUCAGUAUGGUCCACACUGGCUGGCGUUGGCUCUCUGGAGUUCCAGACCGGGGUCUUUCCUAACCUGAAGAUGUGGCAGACUGAACCCGGGACCCUUUGCCUGCUGUGGCUCCUCCCUGGGUUUGAACACUCCGAGUAACAUUAAGUGAUACGCAAGCGUUGCAAUCCAGGGCCAAGACCACCUUGCCCCCCACUCAAGAGCAUAUGAGAAAAGAAGGUUGUCUUUAUAGCAGUGUUAUAUGUUGCAGUGCAAACCUUAAAAAUUAAAUCGCUUGUGCGUAUCCCCCUUCAGCUUUCUCCAUUCUAACAGUCUCGUUUGUACCUGUUGCGCUCAUGACUGUACUUUAGACUAGGUUUCCAAGCAUCUUCUUUCCGGCAAUGCUUCUGAGCAAACUCAUAGAACGGGUGGCCAGGAGGUUGAGUGGGAUCUACUGCCAGAGAGAUCGCAGGAGUUUCCAGCUCCCGGUCGGUUAACCUUGGCAACAGCAAAAUGGCUCCCAGUGCAGAAUCACGAUGCUGACAUGAAAGGGAACGAGGUAACCCGGAGUGGGAUUUUGUGUAGAAAGACCAUGAGCUUAGUGUGUUACUCAGAACAAAUUCCUGGGCUCAGACUUCUUUUGUUCUAAGUGUAUGUCUUUUGCACCGGGCUCCAGUUGGCAGAUCUUGGGAUCUGAGUAAAUAACACAGUAGAUUCCUUCAAGCCUGAAGUCUGCCGAAUCCUGUUCUGAAAAAUCAAAACUGCAGCUCUGCAGACUUUUCACUGUCCUGGCACUGUUCUGUUUUUGCAAUAAGCUCAGACCAAGACUGUGAUCUGUCAUGUUGUCGCUUUCCUUUAAAAACUAUCUUAGUGGUGUUUUUUUAGCUCUUCUGAAUUUCUCAAAAUAUAAAUAUUUUGGGCGGGGGGGUCUUCUCCUUACUGAACUGAACAAGCUGACUGAGAAGUUUGUUAUUGCUUCUGUUCUUAGAGCAAGGAUGGGUGAACCUGUUGUUCCUCUAGCUGUCGUUGAGGUAUCUCCCAGCCAACCUCAGCCACAGCAGCCAGAAUGGCCAAUAGCCAGAGAUGAUGGGAGUUGGAGUCCUGCAACAUCUGGAGGGACCACAGACAGUGGUGGUUUAUGGCUCCAUGUCAGUGGGGCGGUCGAAUCCACUCCAGGUUUUCCACAGAGCUGUCCAAGGUCCUGGAACCCACUUAAUAGAUUUCAGCACCUUGGAGACCCCCAGGAAGUGCCUGGAGUGGAUUCCACUGACAUGGAGCCACUACUGGCCACAGAGAUUCCCUCGUUCCUACCUCAGAGGGUUCCGUUACAGAGCAGUGUCUCUUGGGUGACACCCUAGGUGCUAACUCUGGUUUAUAGGUUCCUGUUUUCACUCCUGAAAGAUGUAUUAUAGCUGCUGCUACUGAUUUGCUGGCGAAUGAAAUUAAACGUCUACCACAAGC